AUGCUGAUGGAAGAGUUGAAAAACGCGCUUUCGCCGGGAUAUGACCGGGAUAUGGCGCACUUGAAAGGUCUUUCGAGAGUUGAUGUGCCGAUACGAGCAAUCUUGGAGGGAUACAGCAAUAUUGAACCGGACAAGGUUCUGGCACACGUGAAGGAUGUGAGGGAUCGGGCUUUUGCUGUGUGCCCAUAUCCGUGCGUAGCGAAGUUCAUGUUCCUGGAACCAGCAAUUUCCACGCUACCCUGCUUCGACGCCAUUGUGGAGCGGGUUAAGGAGGGCGAGAAGUUGCUCGAUAUGGGCUGCGCCUUUGGACAAGAGCUUCGUCAACUAGUAUAUCACGGUGCACCCUCUGAGAACCUGUACGGUGUAGAUCUUCGCCUUGAUUUCAUCAACCUAGGAUUCGACCUAUUUAGAGAUCGCUCAAGCCUGAAAUCCCAAUUUUUCGCAUCGAACCUACUUGACAGUAAUUCUGACGCGGUCGUGGAGCUCACUGGGAAAAUCGAUAUUAUCUUUGCAUCGCUCUUCUUCCACAUCUUCAGCUGGAACCAGCAGAUCACGAUUGCCAAGCAUGCGCUUCAGAUGCUUACCCCCAAACCAGGGUCAAUGAUCGUGGGGCGGAAUGCCGCGUAUGUCAACCGAAAGACGCCGCCCUUGCCGGAGGAAUACACGACCAAGUCUUUCCAUCACGAUCUGGCAAGUUGGAAGUUGCUUUGGGAUGUGGUUCAGAAAGAGACCGGCAUGAUAUUUCGGAUGGAAACUUGGGAACAACCUGAUCAAGACUUCAUGGAUCAUCCGGAACUAGGGGCAUAUAUGAUGUACUUCACCGUGACUCUGGAGUGA